AUGCCGUCUUUCAGUUGGCUCAAAAUCAAGAACAGCGGGCAAGAGGCUGAUUCAGCCAUGAUCGAAAGCCUUGAAGAAACACCCGUCAGUCAAUGGUCCUCCAAACAAUUGACUCAAUUCUUACGAGAUAAUAAAAAGAAGAUUGAAUUAGAAAAGAAGGAUAUUAAAAAAUUACGAACCGAACGAUGGAAUGGUCUCUCCAUGUUAAGUGCCAAAGUUGAAGAUUUGGAAAAACUCGGACUUGCCAGUGGUUCCGCACGCGCACUUUAUACUCUCAUUCAUGAAUUGAUUGAUACUCAAAUUCAAAAGAAUAUUCUCCCUUCCAAGAAUCGAAUAUCAGUCAAUGUCAAUUCUGCAUCGAGUGACAUUUCAACCAGUGAUUCGAACAUUGGAUCUUCUUCUUCGACCAAUAAUAAUUUCACAGUGAUUUCAAAUAAUAACUCUUCAUCGAGUACAAGUGGACAAAAUGGUCAAGUAUUACUCAUGAAUGGAAGUGACAUUUCUGGAAAACACAAUUCACUCGAAAUGUUUGGAACCUCUCCCAAUUCCACUAUGAAACAACACCAAUUGAAUUAUAUUCAAACCAUUAUUCAACAACAACAAGGGAAAUUACUGGUUCCUAAUUUGAGAGAGGAAGAUAUUGAACAAACAGGAGGAGGAACUUCAAGUAAUACUACUACUACUACUACUACUACUACGAAUAGUGCUGUCACAACCAAUGGUGGCAAGUCAUCCUCGUCAAGUAAUAUUACCAAUUUAGCAGCCAUUCCAGCAGAAGAUGACAUUCGAUUGGCACACGAUUUAAAUAAUCCUGGAGAAAUUGCACCUCCUCUUGUAGAAGCAUCUUCUGGAAGAAAAUCAGCAGGUGGUGGUUUGCAAAUUCUCACUAUUGCAUCUGCUUCGACAAGUAAUGCAUCGGCUCCAGAAUCUGCUGUGAAGGAUUGUCCUGCAUGGAUGGUUGAUCAACUCACUGCUCAACAAAAACAAGCUUUUGAAAAUGCAAUUGAAAAGGUUCAAAAUUUGAAAUAUCCCAUCAAACCAGAAUUGAUUGAUGUUUUGGCACAAGAUUUGGUCAUUGUUGACAGAUUUAAAUACAAAUUCUUGAAUCCAGAUCGACUGAAACAACGAGGAGAUGGAGGCAAACAUGGAACCUUUUUGAAAGUCAAGUUGGUCAUUACAGAAAUGGACACUGAAGUCUUUCACAGAAUUUGUAGACGUUUUGCAAAUACCUUCUCAUCCACUGUGAAAAAUAGCAGAUGGGGAAUGUUUCACACAGCUCUCAUUAUUGGUCCAUGGUAUUUGGAGUGGAACGAUUCGAGCUUGUCUACCGUACGAAAGAAGAGUAGUAGUAAGGCAGUGUUUGCAGUCGAUAUUGCUAGAAUUGAAGGUCAAAGAGAGGUCAAUGAAGCUAUUGACUCUGUGGCUCAACUCUGUACAGUAUGGAAUGGAUACAAAUUGUAUGAAAAUGAUAGUUGUAAUUGUCAACACUUUGUAAUUGACAUGUUGGAAUAUCUCGGAUUGGGUGACAAUUUUGAAAAUAUUUUGGAACGAUAUCCACCUCUAGCAGAAUACAUUACCAAGUUAAAGAAGAAGGGAGUUUGCGAUAUGGCCUACUAUGUCGAUGAUCGAAUUGCAAAAGCUAUUAAGGAAUCUCCACAAACCAGUCGUGCUCUGAAAGAAUUGGUGAAAAAUAAGAAGGUCAAAUUUACUUCACACACGUUGUUGGAUGAGUUUGUGAGUUUUAUCAAACAAAAUUUCCCUCUCUUCAUGACGAAUCGUGAACAAGAAUAUGAAUUAUUGAAGGCAUUCGAUCGAGCUUUUUGGUUGAGAAGUCAAUCCUCGCAGACAGAGGACGAUGAAACUGUACAACCAUUGAUUGAUAUUCAUACCAAUGAAUGCAAGUGUCCAUUCAACAAAAAUGGACAACCCAUCACCGAGGUGAACAAUUCAAUUGUUGGAAUUGAUUACGAUGUUGGAAAUUACACGACGCCAUACCCCAAAUCUAGCCUGAAUGCUUAG